AUGCACACCGCUGAAAAUUGCUUUGCUUUAAAUUGCUACCAAUGUCUAACGAAAAAGUUUUGGAAAAUGCAAGAUGACACAAGAGCUCUUCUUAUGAACCGCGAAAAUGAGAAACUACGACUCGAGGCUCAACUCCGAACAGAGAAAUCUGAGAUUAGGAAACUCAAGUAUAAUCUCAAUGAUGUGAAAGCGACUAUCGGGGACAAAGAGGCAAAGAUAGAAGAGCUGAAGAGCGAAUUGGACGUUGCAAGUCAAAAAGAAAGAGAGCUCCAGGAGCAACAUGUCAAGGAAAUGAACGGAAAGGACCUGGUGAUCCAGGAGCUGGAGAGCAAACUAGUGGCAAGUCAGAAGAAGAGCGCCAGGAAGAUUAAUCAGAUCCAGGAGAAAUAUGUCGAGCACAUCAGAGGCAAGGAUCUAAAAAUGCGGACAUUGGAACACGAAUUAUCAGCUGUCCAGAAGAAGAGUUCUCAGAAGAUUCAGGAGCUGGAGAGCACGCUUAGCGAUAAGAAUCUGACAAUUCAAGAUCUAAAAAUCCAACUGUCUGCUGCUCCGCAUCAAUGCGCCAAUAAGCUUUCAAAGCUCCAAGUGCAUCAUAACAAAGAGCUUAGCGACAAGGACCAGGUCAUCCAAAAACUGGAGACCCACCUAACCACUGUCCAGGAGCAACAUGACUUGGAGAUCCAGGAGCUGGAGAGCAAACUAGUGGCUAGUCAGGAGGAGAGCGUCAGGAAGAUUCAGGAACUCCAGAAUCAACACUCCAAGACGAUCAACGCAAAGGACCUGGAAAUCCAACAACUCGCUAUCAAACUAGUGGGAAGUCUAGAGGAGAAUGUGGAGAAGAUUAAGGAGGUUAGCAGACAGCAAUUGAGAAUUCAGGAGUUGGAGCAACGCGCAAAUGAAGACGCGUUGAGAAUUCAGAAGCUUCAGGAGGAGAGUCUAGAGACUGAUCGACGGCUUCAGGGUAUGGUGGAGAUGUUGAAGAGAGAGGCGGAUCUUGCAGAGCUUGCAGAGCUUGAAGACGGUCAUGACUGA